CGGUCCCCGAGUGCGAAGUGCCCGCGAGGAAGUGCGAGCUCCGACGCGGGCGGCCAGGGGAUGACAGCCAUGAAGCAGGAGCAGCAACCCACUCCAGGGGCCAGGGCAAGCCAGGCUCAGCCGGCUGACCAGGAACUGGGAAGUAACAGCCCUCCACAGAGAAAUUGGAAGGGAAUUGCCAUCGCCCUGCUGGUGAUCUUGGUAGUAUGCUCACUCAUCACCAUGUCUGUCAUCCUGCUAACACCAGAUGAGCUAACAAAUUCUUCAGAAACAAGAUUGUCGCUAGAGGAGCUUUUGGGGAAAGGAUUUGGACUUCAUAAUCCAGAAGCUCGGUGGAUCAAUGAUACAGAUGUGGUAUAUAAAACCGACAAUGGACACGUUAUUAAACUGAAUACAGAAACAAAUGCUACCACAUUGUUAUUGGAAAACUCAACUUUUGUAACUUUUAAAGCAUCCAGACACUCAGUUUCCCCAGAUUUAAAGUAUGUUCUUCUGGCAUAUGACGUCAAGCAGAUUUUUCAUUACUCAUUUACCGCUUCAUAUUUGAUUUACAACAUACACACUGGGGAAGUGUGGGAGUUGAAUCCUCCUGAAGUCGAGGACUCAGUUUUGCAGUAUGCGGCCUGGGGUGUGCAAGGACAGCAGCUGAUUUAUAUUUUUGAAAACAAUAUCUACUAUCAACCUGAUAUCAAGAGCAGUUCUUUACGACUGACAUCUUCAGGAAAAGAAGGAAUUGUUUUCAAUGGUAUUGCUGACUGGUUAUAUGAAGAGGAACUCCUGCAUUCUCACAUCGCCCACUGGUGGUCACCUGAUGGAGAGAGACUUGCCUUCCUGAUGAUAAAUGACUCCUUGGUGCCUAAUAUGGUUAUACCUCGGUUUACUGGAACACUGUACCCCAAAGCAAAGCAGUACCCAUACCCCAAGGCAGGUCAAGUGAACCCAACAGUGAAAUUAUAUGUUGUAAACCUGUAUGGACCAACUCAUACUUUGGAGCUGAUGCCGCCCGACAUUUUUAAAUCAAGAGAAUAUUACAUCACCAUGGUUAAAUGGGUGAGCAACACCAGGACAGUGGUCAGGUGGUUGAAUCGGCCUCAGAACAUCUCCAUCCUCACAGUCUGUGAGUCUACCACCGGGGCAUGCAGUAGGAAAUAUGAGAUGACAUCCGACACCUGGCUCUCUAAACAGAACGAGGAGCCUGUGUUUUCCAGAGAUGGAAGCAAGUUCUUUAUGACUGUUCCUGUCAAACAAGGUGGCCGGGGAGAAUUCCACCACAUAGCUAUGUUCCUGGUCCAGAGCAAAAAUGAGCAAAUUACAGUGCGGCAUCUGACAUCAGGAAACUGGGAAGUGAUACGGAUCUUGGCCUAUGAUGAAACAACUCAAAAAAUUUACUUUCUGAGCACAGAGUUUUCUCCCCGAGGGAGGCAGCUGUACAGUGCUUCUACCGAGGGACCGUUGAAUCGUGAUUGCAUCUCAUGCAACUUUAUGAAAGAUGAUUGUACAUAUUUUGAUGCCAGCUUCAGUCCCAUGAACCAACAUUUCUUGUUAUUCUGUGAAGGUCCAAGGGUCCCAGUGGUCAGUCUCCACAGUACGGACAACCCAUCAAAGUAUUUCAUCUUGGAAAGCAACUCUAUGAUGAAAGAAACUAUCCAGAAAAAGAAGCUUGCCAAGUCAGAAAUCAGAAUCCUUCACAUAGAUGACUAUGAACUUCCUUUACAGUUGUCCUUUCCCAAAGAUUUUGUGGAGAAAAACCAGUAUGCUCUUCUUUUAAUAAUGGAUGAAGAACCAGGAGGCCAGAUGGUGACAGAUAAGUUCCAUGUUGACUGGGAUUCCGUUCUUAUUGACACUGAUAAUGUCAUUGUAGCAAGAUUUGAUGGCAGAGGAAGUGGAUUCCAGGGCCUGAAAGUUUUGCAGGAGAUUCACAGAAGGAUAGGGUCGGUAGACGCAAAGGACCAAGUAGCAGCUGUAAAAUAUUUGUUGAAACUGCCAUAUAUUGACUCCAAAAGAUUAAGCAUUUUUGGAAAGGGGUACGGGGGCUAUAUUGCAGCAAUGAUCUUAAAGUCAGAUGAGAAGCUUUUCAAAUGUGGAGCCGUGGUUGCACCCAUCUCAGACAUGAGAUUGUAUGCCUCGGCUUUCUCUGAGCGUUACCUUGGUAUGCCAUCAAAGGAAGAAAGCACUUACCAGGCCUCCAGUGUACUGCAUAACAUUCAUGGUCUAAAAGAAGAAAAUAUAUUAAUAAUUCACGGAACUGCUGAUACAAAAGUUCAUUUCCAACAUUCAGCAGAAUUGAUCAAGCAUCUGAUAAAAGCUGGGGUGAAUUAUACUCUGCAGGUCUAUCCAGAUGAAGGAUAUCAUGUUUCCGAUAAGAGCAAGCAUCAUUUCUACAGCACAAUCCUCAGAUUCUUUAGUGAUUGUCUAAAGGAAGAAAUAUCCGUGCUGCCUCCAGAACCAGAAGAAGAUGAAUAACAGACCCUACUAGACAGUGCUGAAGGGGUUAUGGAGGCUCAAUGAAACCGAACCAAGGGACUGUCAUGUUGUAGACGCUCCAGAAUUCUAAGGACAGCUUGAGGAGAUGAAACCGGAACAGCACACUCAGACAGUGAACUAGAACUUGCAGACAGACGUCCUCAUCUACUGUGCUGCCAAGGGUGCAGAAGGUGUUUCAUUGUAAUGGGAAGUUUCAAGGGUUGGUUUCCUGGGAAAAAAAAUUAGUUUCACAUUAAAGUAGGAAUAGUGCAUGUUUCCUUCUGUUAUCCCCUUUUGUUCUGUGACUGGUUACCCUCACUUUGAUUUCAAUGGCCACAAUCACCUUUGCAUAAAGUGCAUAACAUACCAUCAGUAUCAUAGUCCCUGAUCUUUGAUGGCUGAGCUGCAAUCUAACAUGUUAAUGUAUCUUUAUAAUAAGUGCAAUUCUCUCAUUGUCUAUUAUUAUGCUUAAGGAAAUAUUCAGUUAAUAAACAAAAAGCAGAGUAUUUUACAUAAAGUUCUGUUUUUAAAAAGGCAUUAUUAAAUGAGUCAAGACUAUGUAGAAAUAUGGAUCUCAGCACCUUCCAAAGUCAGGCAGUUGUCAGUAGAUAGAAUACCUUUAAAUCAACACACACGAGUGUAUGUCUCACAAUAUAAUAUAUAUAUAUACACGCACGUGUGCAUAUGCAGACAGUGAGUCAAUCUUUAUAUGUUACUCAUGCUACAAAGGGUAAACUUUAAUGAAUUAGAAUGGAUAAUCUUAUAAGGCUGCAAUGUGGACACUUCGUUGAAUGAGCCAAAUAUGAUGAGACCCUUUUGUUUCCAGUUCAGAUUCUAGCGAUUGCUUUCCUAUAAAUGUUUGGGUUGUGUUUGGUAUUGUUUUUAGUGGUUAAUAGUUUUCUAGUUGCAGUUUACUUUUUUGAAUAUGAUAUCUUGUCACAUGUAAAUUAGAUACUUAAAUAUUAAAUUAUAGUUUCUGAUAAAGAAAUUUUGUUAAACAAAUGCAAUGCCACUGAGUGGCAUUUUGCUCUCUUGGUGGAGAAAGCUUUUUUAAAAACUCAGACCUUUAACUUCCAGCUCCCAGUACAGUAAAGUCAAUUCUCACUUUUGUUAUAGAAGCAAAAAUCUGACUUAUUUCAUUGUUUCCAGAGUCAAGUUAGCAUUCCAUGCCUAAUCGAUUCAUCUGUUGCUGUUUAAUUAAGGCUUUGUGGUAAGAAUUAGAAUUGAAAUCUUUUUUAUUCAUUGCCCCCCAAAUUUACAAAUAGCAGUAUGUGGUGUUUUAUUGAAACGGAAGGCACACGGGUACCAAAUCCUCCGAUGUGUCUGUCAGCUUGCAGCAGUAAGUGAGAAUGAUAAACAAGAUCAACUGUGUGGAAUUUCAGUCAGAGAAGGCAAUGGUGGUGACUGAAGCCAGGGUGUGUUCUCAGUCCACUUGAGGCAUCAUCCAGGAGGUGUUUCAGAGUCUGAAGCCAAACUCUGAGAAGAUCCACGCAGUCUAAUAUAUGUUCACAGCUUGAGAUCUGUUCUUAAAGGGUAAGCUGGGUUACCAUGUCCUCUGAAAACCAGGAAGGGAACUUUUUAAAAGCCAAGAAUGUGUCCAGUCACCCUCUGCUUCUUCAGCGAAGCAGCCAUAAAGAUUCUGAGAUGUGGUCCUGGGACUCUGAGGCCAGCUUUCUCACUUUUCUCCUCAGUGCUUUGGCAUUGUAUCUUCUCUGCUCCAUUAGAUUCAAUUUAAUAUGGAAAGAUGCCCUCUCCAGAAAGACCGAUUUUAGGUCCUUUUCAAGACUAGUGAACACAUUUUUUUAACAAAAUAGGUUGUAAUGUUUCCAAGGAAAGUUUUGCCUAUUUUAUUAAAAUGGGAGUUUCUUUCUAGGCUGAUUUGAAGUCCAACUGAAGCUUUUUAAUCAAUAUUUUAGAUUUCAACCACUAGAGAUUUUUAUGAUGCAAAUAAUUAUGUUGUCUGAAAGAUGUGGUUUAUUGAAUGUCUAUUUGAGUAACAUUUAAAAAGUGUUUACCUUUACUGUUCAUCAUUUCUCUUGUUUAUGGUUAUUAUCAAUGUUUAUCUAUUUUUUGAUUAAUUUAAUACAGUUUGUAAUGUGAAAGUUGCUUGUCUGGGACCACUUUCACCUCACAGUACCGAUGGAUCUCACACGAAAACAUGAUGUUUAAUAGGAACAUAGAAAAUUGUCCUUUCUGUGAUUUUGGGGGCUCCCAGGACUGGGCCACACCACACAAAGGAAACACCAGUGUAUUCUUUUAUUUUGUGUCAUGGAACUAUAGAACUGGAUAGAAGCUUUACAUUUUUGCCUCACUUGCUUUCCAAUGAUUUUUAAUGCAUAUUUACAAAUUCUGAGAGAUUCCUGAGACUUUAAUGGCAAACUUCCCACAAGAUAAUUUUUCCUUAAUAUUAAAGUAAAGCUACAAAAGAAACUAACAGUUCUAUAGUGAGAGACAUCGGGAGUAUUAACUCAAAAAUGAACACAGCCUUUUGAAAGCAAAUUUGCUUCUCUCACUUCCAUUUAGAGCAUUACUUACUCAGUAAAUAGGGAUCAAUGAGAAAUGUCUUGGUGUCUCUUCUAUUGCUAAGAUAAAUCACAAUCACCAUAAGCAACUUAGGAAGGCUUAUUUUGGUUUCCUUCCACAUGUCAGGGAAGAUAUGUUGUAGGAGUACUGAGGUCUGGCCAGCUGUCACAAAGCAGAAGGAAAACAAGAAGUGGGACAAGGCUAAAACCAUUCAAUCUACCCUCGGUGGUGUACUUUCUCAAGCAAGGCUCUGCCUCUAAAAGGUUCUAUAGAUCCACUCCCCACCCCUAAACAGUGCUUCAAACUGAGAUCAAGUGUUCAAACAUGGGAGCCUGUAGGGAACAUUUGACAUUCAAGCUACAAAAAGAGGGCUACGUUGUUCUGUUGUUCUCUAAAGAAUGAAGGGAUGGGGUACUGUCCAAACCAUGGAUCUCAAAAGCCUGUGAGGAUGCUUCAGCUCAGCACAGACACUCCCAUUAAAAAUGAUUUUGUUUACAGAGUUAUAAGACUGAGGUGUCUUAAGCUCUGGUUAGUUACCAUGUGGAGAAUUAUCCAAUCCAUUGCCCUUCAGGUGAAACUUAGGCCUUGAUUUCUACCAGGUAGAGCAUUAGUUGAUCCAUCCUCACCCCCACUUCUGAUGACUUUAAAAUGAGAGUUAUAAGACUAGAGAAAUACUGCAUGGGUUAAGAACACUUGGUCCUUUUGUGGAGAAUCCAGGUACCCAGAGGGCCCUACAACAGCCUAUAAUUUCGGUUCCAGCUGAUUUGAUUUGACAUCCUCCUCUGGCCUUUGCAGGAACCUUCAUGCAUAUGGAGCACCUACAGAAAAAAAACAAGUGCACACACACACACACACACACACACACAUAUGUAUACCUAUAAACAAGCUCCUGUCAUGUCUCUUGGGUCCUGUGGGCAGAUAACUUCUAUUUCAGAAUCAUGUUCUUUGAUCUGACAAUCUUUGCCUCUUGUAGCAAUCAGUAUUUCAUAAGUAUGAUCUGACCUCUACAUUAUGGUUUGAGAAUUCUCUAACAGAAAUGAUGGCUGCUAGAACCCACAUCAUUAGUGACACAUCAACUACUUACAUGCAGGUCUAACUCCUCCAAAUAAUUUCAUUGUUUCCAGAGUCCAUUGAAACCCAGUCUUGGAAGCUCCUCCUGAACAUGUGAUGUGUAGUUCUGGGAAGGCUUCCUGGGCUCCCAUUGACCACAGGCACAUUCUUCUCUUUCCUCCUCUUCUCAUUCUUCUCAGUCUUCAAUCUUUCUUCUUAGG